AUGAGUAACCUGUCUGGAGCUUCGACUGGAUCUUCAAGUGCUCGUUCAAGAGGGAGAGUGUUUGGUGUUCCAAAAACUUGUCAUUGUGGAGAACAAGUGAUGGAAUUGAUUUCCAAAUCAAACAACAAUCCGUAUAGGCGCUACUUUCAUUGCGGAUACGCUGUAGCUAGAAAGGUAAUUCGAUCACCUGGAAUGUCUCCACUUCCACAGAUGAGCCGGGAUUGGACUCUACUAUCUCUGCUGCAUAAUCCCUACAACGUGAAAACUGAUACUCAUAUUCACUUUCAAUCCACCUCAAAGCUGUCCUCCUAG